CUAUAUCCGGUCUCCCCGGACCCUGCAUUCACUAUAUCUGCUCUCCCCGGACCCUGCAUUCACUAUAUCCGGUCUCCCCGGACCCUGCAUUCACUAUAUCCGGUCUCCCCGGACCCUGCAUUCACUAUAUCUGGUCUCCACGGACCCUGCAUUCACUAUAUCUGGUCUCCCCGGACCCCGCAUUCACUAUAUCUGGUCUCCCCGGACCCUGCAUUCACUAUAUCUGGACCCUGCAUUCACUAUAUCUGGUCUCCCCGGACCCUGCAUUCACUAUAUCUGGUCUCCCCGGACCCUGCAUUCACUAUAUCUGCUCUCCCCGGACCCUGCAUUCACUAUAUCUGGUCUGCCCGGACCCUGCAUUCACUAUAUCUGCUCUCCCCGGACCCCGCAUUCACUAUAUCUGGUCUCCCCGGACCCUGCAUUCACUAUAUCUGGUCUCCCCGGACCCUGCAUUCACCGUAUCUGUUCUCCCCGGACCCUGCAUUCACUAUAUCUGGUCUCCCCGGACCCUGCAUUCACCAUAUCUGGUCUCCCCGGACCCUGCAUUCACCGUAUCUGUUCUCCCCGGACCCUGCAUUCACUAUAUCUGGUCUCCCCGGACCCCGCAUUCACUAUAUCCGGUCUCCCCGGACCCCUGCAUUCACUAUAUCCGGUCUCCCCGGACCCUGCAUUCACUAUAUCUGGUGUCCC